AUGCGGAAUCCAACAUGCAAUGUCACACGGGAGGCACUUGCAGCUAAGGAGUUACAGUUGAAAGCGUAUCAGGAGGCGCGGAGGGAACGGCUGCAUUUGCAGGCUGGUUUGACGGAGGAGAUGACUGGAGAAAUCGCCUCGAAACAUCUAUCUAUUUUGGAUGUUGCGUCAGCCUUCUUCAAUAGUAUUUUCGGGAAGGAUCGCCGCACAGAUUUCUCACACUGGAAUCUCAAUCCGAGCAGGUGCCUGGGGAAAGAGGCGGAAGAAUCGUUAAUGGCGGACUGGACAGAACAGGAGGUGAAAGAAGCAUUUACGACAAUGGCGAGGAAUAAAUCACCUGGUGGAGAUGGGCUCCCGAAGGAGCUGUUCGAGUGUCACUGGGACCUGCUGGGGGGGAGUUUCAUGGCGCUGGUAAAGGAUUUUGAGAAAUCAGCGUCUAUCCCAGCAGAGCUUAAGGAGGCGGUCACUAUCUUGCUGCAUAAGAAGGGAGAUCGUGAUCAGCUGAACAACUAUCGGCCCAUCACACUCCUCAACUUCAUAUACAAGGUGUUAGCCAAGGUCAUGGCAGAUCGGAUGAAACGGGUUCUGCACCAGGUCAUCUCACCGGAGCAGUACGGUUUCAUCCCUGGAAGACGCCUGUCGGAUGCGGUGGCGCUGGUUGCAAAUAUUUUUGAUGUGGCGAAGAACGAGAAGGCGGACUGGUAUAUGCUGUUGGUCGAUUUCCAGAAAGCCUUCGAUUCGGUAUCGAGGGAUUUCCUCUUUCAGGUACUUCGACGGAUGGGUUUUCCGGUGCGGUAUGUUGGCUGGGUGGAAGGCCUGCAUGAAAACACAACGACGAAGCUCCUGGUUAACGGCUGGCUUGGAGAGGGAAUGGACGUGGUCUCGGGUGUUCGGCAGGGAUGCCCACUUGCACCCUACCUGUUCUUGUGCGCGGUGGAGCCGUUGGCUCAGGAGGUAGAAAGGGAGAAGCUGGGGCUCAGCAAGGACGGGCAGCAGCUCGGCUAUCUUGGGUACGCUGACGACACAACGCUAGUCCUGCAAGGGAAGAAGCAGAUUGUCAAAGCAGAGGAAAUCUUGGAUAAUUUUGAAAAAGCGGUUGGACUGGCCACAAACAAAGGGAAAUCGGUGAUUUUACCUCUGGGAGAGAACAUUGGUGCGGCGGCAGACGGUGCGUCUAGCUUCAAAUGGGCGGGCGCAGAUGAUGCUGAACGCCUGUUGGGUGUGUGGGUGACUCCCUCUGGACAUGGACAGAAAACGUGGGAGAAGGCGAUGGAGCGCAUUACUGAGAAAUUGGUGAAGUGGAAGCAAAAGUACCUGACGACAGCAGCUCGAGCGUCAGCGGUUAAUUUCUAUAUCACCCCACUGAUUGCUUUCCAAGCUCAAGUCUACCCGCCACCUGCAGACGUCUGGGAAGAUCUGGUGCAGUUGCUACACGGGUUUACAUCUGGAAACAGAGUGUCGACAGCGAAGGGGUUUUUUCUCUAG